AUGACAGCAACAGCAACCCUAACCUCAGCCUCAACCCCCCUCCUCCUCGAACCAAACGCUCUAUAUCUCAUCCUCCUAGACCGAGGCGACACCUACACCUUCCACUGGAAACUCUACCUCACCACCAAUUCUUCAACUUCACCCACCGCCGGCCAAAUCUUCCACAUCACCAACGAAGCAGGCCUCACAGCCUGGGAAUACGAAACAUCCCCAACAACCGAGCUGCCCACGUCGCGACGACUGCUCCUCGCCUUGCAGGUCGGAGUCCUGGAUCCGGUGCUGCACCGCGCGCUGGGCGAGCGGCUGGCGCUGGUGCCGCUGGCACUGUACUCGACGCGAUUUUGGGAGCACCUCAGUUGCCGGGUUUGGGUGAAGGAGGCGCUUUUUGCGCUGGAUGAUGAGGGGUAUGUCAGUCUUGGGAAGAGUGUGCGUGAGAUUGAGGAGGAGGCGAAGUUUCUUGGGAUUCUUUGCAAGAGUAAAUGUGAGAGGCGGGUUGGUCGGAGUGUUGGGUGUAUUGUGUGA